AUGGAUAACACAGACAACAGGCAAAACAUCACAGUUCAAUACUGCUUUCCAGGAUAUAACUCAUCUUGCAGGAAGGAGCUCCACACUCCAACCAACCUGCUCAUCCUCUCUCUGGCUGUGGCGGAUCUUCUCGUGGGACUGUUUGUUAUGCCAGUAAAAAUAAUGCAACUUAUGGACUCUUGUUGGUAUCUUGGAAAAAUAGCAUGCAUUAGUUCUGAAAUAAUUGUUGCUCUCUCAAUGUCAGGAUCUCUUUGUAGUUUCAUUUUCAUUGCAGUUGAUCGAUACAUUGCAGUCAGUGACCCUCUGCUUUACUCUAGCAGAAUCACAGUUUGUAAAAUGUCUGUUUCUAUAGUUCUAGGCUGGUCUUUUUGUCUGUUGUAUGUCAUCAUCUAUUAUUACUUUAAUGACCAUCUUCUUCCAUCUCAGAUAACCACUGAAUGUUUUGGAGAGUGUGUAGUGUUUGUAAAGUAUUCCUGGGUGAUUGUUGACCUCAUCCUUUUUUUUCUGACCCCUUGCUCUGUAAUACUGAUUUUGUAUUCAAUCAUUUUUAAUGUGGCAAGACAUCAAGCAAAAGCUGUUAGAGCUGUGACUAAUAGUAUCUUACGCAAACAUGGAUCCAAAGUCACACGCUCUUCUGAAACCAAAGCCACAAAAACAUUGGGAAUUGUCAUUUUUGUUUAUCUGACUUGCUGGAUACCUUUUUAUUUAAGCUCUCUCUCAGUUGAACAUGUCACAUCUUUGUCAUUAGUGUGGUCUGUGUUUGGCUGGCUAAUUUACAUUAACUCCUCUCUGAAUCCUCUAAUAUAUGCCAUAUUUUAUCCAUGGUUCAGACAAUCUGUCAAGUAUAUUGUUACUUGUAGAAUAUUAGAUUCUUCAUCUUCAAGGCUGAAUUUGAUUCCAUAA